GGGGGAAGUCCGGGAGCCGCGCGGGGCGUGGAUGCUGUGCUGGCCCCGCCCCCCGCGCGCGCACUGGCUGCUCCCCGCGCCGUCACGCUCGGCUAUAAAAGGCGCGGCGCGCGGCCCUUGCGGUGCUGAAGGAGCUCGAGGCUGAGGCUGCAGGGGAACCGCGGGCGACCCGGCCGCUGGGCCGCAGGCGCCUCAGCGAUGUUUUACUCAGGGCUCCUCACCGAGGGUGGCCGCAAGGAGACCGACAUGCGGGAGGCGGCGUCGCUGCGACAGCAGCGCCGGAUGAAGCAGGCGGUGCAGUUUAUCCACAAGGACUCCGCCGACCUGCUGCCCCUGGACGGCCUGAAGAAGCUGGGCUCGUCCAAGGACACGCAACCUCAUAAUAUUCUGCAGAGGCGCCUCAUGGAAACCAACCUGUCUAAGCUCCGAAGCAGCCGUGUCCCUUGGGCCUCUAAGACGAACAAAGUCAAUCAGGCUAAGUCUGAGGGGCUAAAGAAGUCUGAGGAGGAUGACAUGAUUUUGGUUUCUUGCCAGUGUGCUGGAAAGGAUGUGAAAGCCUUGGUUGACACAGGCUGUCUGUAUAAUCUCAUCUCUUCGGCCUGUGUGGAUAGAUUGGGACUCAAGGAGCAUGUCAAAUCCCACAAGCAUGAAGGAGAAAAGCUUUCUCUACCCCGGCAUCUCAAAGUUGUGGGCCAGAUUGAGCACCUGGUGAUCACACUGGGCUCCCUCCGUCUGGACUGCCCAGCAGCUGUGGUCGAUGACAAUGAGAAAAACUUGUCCCUUGGUCUGCAGACUCUCCGAUCUCUGAAGUGUAUCAUAAACUUGGAUAAGCACCGGCUGAUCAUGGGGAAGACAGACAAGGAAGAAAUCCCUUUUGUGGAGACAGUCUUUUUGAAUGAAGACAACACUUCAGAAGCAUAACUACAGCCUGCAGCAUGUCUGCACAUGUGCAUACACUGAGUUGACAGAUUGAGAAAACUGGGUUUGAACCAAAUGCAGUAGCAAAUUGCUGUGGACCAAGUCCUUCCAUCUAAUAGAAGCUCCAGGGGCUCCUUCCCAUUCAGACCUCUUAGACUGUAGUCUACGCUUAGAGAUCUUGUCUGGUUAUAGCCAUUGUUUUUUACACCUUGAUCAAUUAAUUUAUAGACCUUUGUUGACACUGCCAGUCUCACUUGUGGCCUAUUUCUCUGCUUCUUCCAGGAAUUUGCUUUCAUUAGUCAAGUAUAGGGGCUGCCAGGUUCUGUGUCUCCAUAGGUGUAUUUACUUCUUUUCCUAUAGCUAAAUGUAUAAUAAACAGGAACCUGACCCUAACCUCUUUUCAGCUGUUUCAAACAGGUGCCAGGAUACCUAUGUCUUGGAAUUAGAGUUUCUUCAAAUUCAUUUGUUGAUUUCUCAAGUAUGGAUUAUGUGAAAGAGCCCAGGGAGAUCAUCUAUUAUAGUUUAACUCUUUUAUUUAAAGGUCCAGCGAGGCAAGUGAAUUGUCUAAGUUCAUAUAUUAGGUCAGUGACUGAAGGGACCUAGAACACAGACCAGAUUUCCAAGCCAAGACUCCCAUGCUACCUUGUUUGUGUUCAAGCCUUAACAAGAGGGCAAAGAGGUGAGAGUGUUUAAAAAAAUUGGGGUUGUGGCAGAACAGGGGAGGAAUAUGCUCUGGAGUUGGAUGCUAGGAUGAUUUGGGUAGCUCUCCCUCCUGUGUGCCAAGCCCACUAAAAGUUCCUUGCCCCAGACUGUCACAUUGAGGCCCUCAUCUUGGUGCCUAAAAACUGAGAGUACAAAGAUGAAUGAAAUGGUUUCUCACUGGGAACCUCUUGGAGGAAAGGAGGAACCACAGAUAGAGGAAUAUUAAUCCCUCUCUGAGAUGGAAUUGAAGGCUUAAGUAAAUCAAAUGUCAUUGUCAGGUGUUGAUUACUCCCAAGAUCCAGUCAGCAUUCCUGCCCAUCCUGUUAUGAUUCUGCCAAGGACUUAAGUAGCUGGAAACCAGGAGUAGAAAAAAGAGAUUUAAAAAAAGAGAGAGGGAGCAAGACCAGAAUUGAAGGGAGUAGACUGAGUAGAAUAAAUUGGUGGAGAGGCCUACCUAGAUAAAUCUUUCUGGGAGGUAGGGAAUGGAACUUUCAGGCAGGGAAUUGAGAUCUUCAGUUCUGUCCUGGUAAAGGAAAGAGGCAGAGCAGGAGCCAGCAGUGUUAAGGACAACGUUUUAUAACUGCCCACUAUUUCCUGACCUUUCUCAAAAUUUGAGGAGAAUAUAGGGUUUUUUUGAAGUUUUUGGUUGGGGUGUCACAUUAGGCACACAGGUAUCUGUAAUGAAAUCUCCCCUUCAGUUUGGUCAUAGAAGUGCUUGGACAAGUCAGAAAAAUAGAUAUCUGUGGGCAUUCCUUUAAGAUAUUCCCAAGCCUACCCUGUGUCACAGUAGUAGUUCUCAGAGUGUUUUGUUUAAUGGAUCCCACUUUGAACUUUCCCAAGUACCACCAACUAACUUGUCUGGUGUUCAGCAAUUGCCCCUACCAAACAACCCUUUGGAACUCUGAAAGAUUUGGGCCUCACAGAACCUCCCUAAAGACUGGGAACUUGGGCCCAGGUGUGGUGGCUCAUACCUGUAAUCCCUGUACUUUGGGAGGCCGAGGUGGGUGGAUCACCUGCAAUUAGGAGUUUGAGACCAUCCUGGCCAACAGGGUGAAACCCUGUCUCUACUAGAAAAAAAUAUGAAAAAUUAGCCAGGUGUGUUGGCAGGAACCUAAAAUCCUAGCUGCAUAGGAGGCUGAGGCAGGACAAUUGCUUGAAUCCAGGUGGUGGAUGUUGCAGUGAGUCAAGAUCAUGCCACUGCACUCCAGCCUGGGCAACAGAGCAAGACUCUGUCUCAAGGAAAAAAAAAAAAAAAAAGAACUUGGCGACAAUCAUUUGAACAACUAGGCACCCACAUUGCAGUCAGUUGUCAUGGCCCCCUUCCUUUUAGCCUCUACCUAAGGAAGCUAGAUAGAAAGCUAAGCACAGCCACAGUUGGGAGGCUACAUCUGAAGCUCAGCAGGGGUGACCCUGGGGUUACCCGUCUUCAGCACUUCCUCUAGCAAUACCCCAUUCUCUUACCAAGGGGUGAUUUGCACCUUUCCACUGAGGCCUCUCCAUGCUCCUUCCCUACCUUUCAUGGCAAUACCGUGGCCUGCCUCUUAUCCUGGUACUAAGUUAAAGUAAAGUUCACCCUUUACUUCCCUACUUGAAAGUUCCACUCUGAGCCUUGACUCUUGGCCACAGUGAGGCAUGUUGAAGGUUCCUUCUGGUUUAUUCUUAUUUGGAUUCCCCAUGGACCAUGUGAGGCCAGGAACUCUCAAGUUCUGGAAAGAUGCUUCUGGACCUUUGUGUUUAUGAUUAUAUGGUAUCGGGGAUGAUUAGAUGACUUUUAGUGAUCCUUCUGGCCUCUGAAUAUCAGUCAAUAAUUUUCUAGUUUUGGAAUUGAAAUGUUUGGGGUGAACUUGGCUUAGGAUAUAAUCUCAUGUAAUGCAGUCAAAACAUUUGAAUUUUCUAACCGAAUAAUUAUGUUUUAAACCCCAGCCUUGAUAGAGGCUCUAAAAAAUGUCUUGAGACAGUUAUGGGAAGUCUUCAGCUUUAUUCACCUUUGAAUGCUGCCAAGUUGAUUACUCUCCUAGCCUACAUCUUGUUGUGUAUGAGGAAGCACUAGGUCUAAUUUUGGGGGUGGGCUGGCAAGGUAAGAAGGUGAGGUCAGUUUUUCCCAGAGUAUUAAAAAUUCUAGUACCUUAGAUUGAGGGUAUGGGAGAAAAGGUGUCUAUCCAGGUCAUAGUUCUGAAAAUAGGCAGUAGCAUGAAGUACCAAACCUAUCUAAUACUUUAUUAGAUGUCCAUCUCAAAUACAGGGAGUUUGAAAAUAUUGUUUUUAUCAUUUGGUAUUUCCAUGCCUGGACUCAUUUGGGAAAAUAAUGUUUUUCGACUUUUUUCUAUUUUCGUGCCCUGCACAGACCCUACUUGGUACAAUUUUCUAUUUCUUAGCUCAAAGUGUCUAUAGAAUGGAUUGCCUGGUAUGUCAGCUGCCCUCACUCAUGUGUAAUAGAAAUGUAUUUCCAGGCUGCGGACAUGGAGGAGAUGGCCUGGAUUCCUCCCUCCUUCUGUUGCCAGGCCUCUCUGCAUUGGCACUUUAUCUUUUCAGUGUUUCUGGCUGUGUUGGGUUUAUUUGUGAGACUGAUGUAACAAUAAAAUGAAAUCUUCCCCUCUG